AUGAAUUAAAAACUUUGGAUCUAAAUUCCCAAUGAUAUUAAAUAGAGAAAUGAUAAGCCUAUCUUGAAAUCUGAAUUUAUCAAACUUAAAAAGAAUAAAACAAGAAUUUUAUAUGGUUAUGAUUAAUACAUUCUUCUUGCAAAAGUAUUUCCAAUUUUAUCAUAUCAAUUAGAAAUCUGAUUAGCCACCUUGUAAAUAUCUAAAACUAGAUUUUGAGACUAAAUUUGAAAUCAUUAGAACAUAGAUACAAAAAAAAGACGAAGAAGAUGACUCCCUUGGUGAAAUUAUUGGUAUGAUCUUGAUGAGAGAUUUUGGUUAAGCAGAACAUCCAAUCUACAAAUUGUAAGGCAAUGAAAAAAUAGUAAUUCAAUGGAGGGAAUUUUUUUAAUCAAGAAUCAAUUAAUGGCAAUUUCAUUCACUCUUUAGAGUAUUCAAGAAAAUAGGAAAGGGCAAUUUUGCAUCUGUACUCUAUUAUUCUAAACUGUUUAGGUUUAUUUGGCUGAACGAAUAGAAGAUGGCGUUUAAAUGGCAAUUAAAGCUUUUUCAAAAUAAGCUGCUUAUGCUGAGGAAAAUGGAAAAUAAGCUAUUGUAAAUGAAUUAUCAAUCAUGAGAAAAUUAAAUCAUCAUCAUUUAAUGAGAAUGUAUGAAAUUUAUGAAACAAAUAAUUCAUUAUAUGUUGGAAUAGAAUUGUUGUAAGGGGGAUCACUUUAUGAUUUGAUAAAGGAAAAAGUGAUUCUGUCAACAAAAUAAAUACAAUAGAUAUUAGUAGGAAUUUUAUAAGGAUUAUGUUAUAUGCAUUAAAAAGAAAUUAUGCAUAGAGAUUUGAAAUUAGAAAAUAUUUUAUUUAAAUAAUCAAAGUAUUGUAUUAAUAACAAUAAUAGAAAAAUGGAUUCAGUUGUUGUGGCAGAUUUUGGUUUGGCUACACAUGUAAAUGAACCUGUUUAUUUAUAUUGUAGAUGUGGAACACCAGGAUAUGUUGCACCAGAAGUCAUAAAUAUGAAAGAUAUGAAAGGUCACUAUAGUUCAGUUUGUGAUAUUUAUAGUCUUGGUCUUGUAUUUUACUUAUUAUUAACUGGUAAACCACCAUUUCCAGGUAAAAGUUAUGCUACAGUUGUAAAAUAAAAUAGAGAAGCUAAUGUUGAUUUUUCAAUAAAGUAAUUAUAAAAUGCUCCUAAUUUUGCUAUUGAUCUUUUAAGAAAAAUGCUUGAAAAAGAUCCUUAAAAAAGAAUAACUGCCAAUUAAUGUUUGUAGCAUCCAUUUUUAUAAGAAAUUAAUUAAAUUAUGCUUGAUGAUAAUUAAAAUGAUUUUAUAGAAGAAGGGGAAGAAAAUGAUUUAUGUUCAAGAAUGAAUGCAUUAAACGAAGAGUAUUUAUUUAUUAUAUUAAUUAAAGAUCUGUUAAAUUUGAUGCCUUGAGAAAGAAUUAAUUAAUUAAUUCUCCAUAAUCUUCUCCUGGAGUUUUAGCAACAAAGUAAUUAAAAUAAUAAAAGAAUAUUGAUUCAUAGAACUCUUUAUAAAUGAAUUCACCUCUAUUUACUGGAAAAACUGAUAGUGUUGAUUCUAUACCUAAUAUUGGACUUCCUUAAACUAAAUAAUAAAAUUAGUUUUAAGCUUCCCCUAUGAUUAAACCUUCUCGCUUUAAAUAGUAUAUAAAUAUCAUUUAAUAUAUUUUAGAAAUAUUCCCCAAUAGAUAUAAUAAUAAGAUAAUCCAUUAUUAAAAUAUACCAACAAAAAAGAAUGAAA